AUGAGGUGCAAGUCAUCAGCUAACCAAAAUCUAAAGCACAAAAAGGGUUUAUGGUCACCCGAUGAAGAUCAAAAACUCAAAGACUACAUCAUCAACCAUGGUCUUGGGUGCUGGACUUCUGUCCCCAUUAAUGCAGGUUUACAAAGGAAUGGAAAAAGUUGUAGAUUAAGAUGGACUAAUUAUCUAAGGCCAGGAUUAAAGCGAGGGACAUUUACCACACAUGAGGAACAGAUCAUCCUCACUCUUCAUGGCAUGUUAGGAAAUAAGUGGUCACAAAUGUCACAGCACUUGCCAGGAAGGAGUGAUAAUGAGAUAAAAAAUCACUGGCAUUCUUAUAUGAAGAAGAAAUUUGCCAAAUUACAAAACAUAACGCCUUUAGACACAUUAUUAAAUGAAGAAUCCUCUUCUUCUUCUUCUUUAAAGUCAACAAGAACAGGUUCAAGUACAGAAUCAACUGAUGUGGAACCUUUAGAUUAUUCAAAAGUAACUGUUCUUAGAAUCCCACCAAAGAUUUUAUUUGCUGACUGGCUUUCACUAGAUCAGUUUCAGUUGUUUAACAAUAACAAUUCAGAAGAAUUAUCAUUUUCCAUGGAUGAAUUUAAUCAUACUUGUAGCUCUCACGAAAGAGUUAUAAAUGGGGGAUCAAGUAGUGGCAUUCAAGAAGGAUCAAGAGUGAGUAAUGAUCUGCAACAAAGCCCUGAAUUUCAAAAUGUGGAAAAUGACUUCUAUGAUUUGAUAUUUGAAGAAAUUAUAGGUCCAAACUUGAACAUUAAUGCAUUGUAG